AGUUGAACUAUCAAGUAGCUAAGGUAGGCAAACUAUCAAGUAGCUAAGGUAGGUGAACUAUCAAGUAGCUAAGGUGAACUACUAGUAGCGCUCAGGGCCACCGUAAGUAGCUAUAGUUAUUCUAUAUUCCCUGCUGGACCAAAAUCAGACACUAAUAUAAGCUCUCUGUGUGGAUCUGUUUGCCCUUGAAUAUGUAUAUGCAGGGGAAUAACUAGUCCUAUAUGCAGAGAAAGGGAAAAAUUCUGAGAAUAAAGUCAUCACCCAGGCCAAUUGCAGAUUACCUUACCUUGCCGGGUUUUAUGAAACAAAGUGCCUGAGAGCUCUGUAGGAGUUAGCCUCGACCCCAGACCGAUCCGUCUCCAAUUGAACGCUAGGUCGUAUUUUUCAACUUCGUUCUAUUAAAAAAAAUCGGCCUGGGACCAAAGCUAUGUAGGAGUAUGACCUACCAUCCUUUGAGAAGUUCUUGCUACGUCUGACGAGCAACAAACAGAGUCACCCAGCACUUCUUCAUGUUCAUUCUGAUCAUGCUUUAAUCAUACUUAUGCAUUAGCUCAAUGCUAUGUCAAAUUAAUAAAGAAUUGUCAUAGAGCCAAGUAAGCCUCGAUUAAUUGAGGCCGCGGGUGGGCGUAUAUUCGAGUGAAAACUCGCCGUUCACGAUUAAACGCCCAGUCCCCUAAUAAGCCCUGCUGAAAAGGGUGGGCGUAUUUUCGCGAGGGUACGGUAUAAUCGUAUGAUGUGCUAUUAAGUAUUAACCCUCUAUACGCCGCAGGCCACUGCGGUAGAAAAUUACUAAGUUCUGUUAAAAAUACUUACCUUGCUGCUGGAGACUCAGGAGUGACAUCCUUCUGCAGCUAAGGCAUUACUGCACAUUGUGCAACUUUAUUAUUGCGUAGUCAGCAGUGGUGAGUGCUAGGGGUUGGUAGAUUAUGCUGGCGUAAUUUUGAGCAUAAUAGACACAUUUUUUGGGUGAGAAUUAUACUGGCAUAAUAAGCACUUAAUAAUGGCUAAGAGUGCAAUAUGGUAUUAAUAGCACGAGUAACAAGCAAUGGCAAGGAUACUAAUUGCACGAGCCGUAUAGCCGAGUGCUAUUAACCUUGCCAGUGCUUGUUAUGAGUGCUAUUAAUCCCUUAUUGCAUGAGUAGCCAUACUAUUGAUUGUUAAUCGUUUGUGAUAUGCAGUUUUAAAGACAUUUUUAGCUGCAGUUUCAGUAAAAAAAAAUAGCCGCGGUCAUCAAGAAAGUAAUUACUGAUACGCGAUUAAUCACUGUACGAAUCACAGUGAAUAAUAGGACAACAUGCGAUUAGUAUAAUUAAUAGUAUGGCUAAGAGUGCGAGUAGCCAUACUAUUGAUUGUUAAUCGUUUGUGAUGCAGUUUUAAGGACACUUCAGCUGCAAUUUCAGUACAAAAAAUUAGCCGCGGCCGUUAUUCGAACGUGCGGUCGUUAAGGCAGUAAUUGCACGUCGUUAAUGCCGACAUGCAAUUACUGCCUUGACGAUGAGUAAUUACUGAUACGCGAUUAAUCACUGUACGAAUCACAGUGAAUAAUAGAACAACAUGCGAUUAUGAGAAUAAUAGGGAGGUUUUGGAAGACUUAGUACAGGUCAGUACGAAUCAUAGUAAAAACAUUUGUAGGCCUGAUGGAAGUAUUAUACUGGUUGAUUAUCUCCUUAGCAUUCUAUAGUGCUAAUAAUAUUUAUAGUUUGAUGUUACUUGUGCGAGGAUAUGGGGUCUAUGUUGUGCUUUAGAAUAAUGUGGGAAUAAUAGGCAAUUUGUAAGCUAUUAAAGAAUAGCAUAAUAGGUAAUAUCUCGAGCAUAAUCUACUAACCCCUAGUGAUCAAGUGCACAACUAGCAAAAACUCAUCAUCAGUGGCGGAUCCAGAGGGGGUUCAUUGGGUUCAAUUGAACCCCCUUGAGAAAGAAGUGAGUGGGAGGCUCAAGCAACUAGUUAGCAAGUUGUUCCUUUCUUACUAGCUUUCACAUGCACUUCUCACUUACCUUUAGUCCUUGUUAGUCCUGCGAAGCUUUGUCUGUGCAGUUUCAGUGACUAUGAAGGCUAAAAACUCUCCAGCGUAGUGCAUGCAGACUGCUUAUGAAAAGUGAUGACCUUUUUUUGGGGAAAAAAUUUGGUGUGUUAUAAUGCGCAUGCUCACUGUUUCGAAGAAGUGACGACCUUUUUUUAGGUAAAUUUAACAGUCCUUAACUCAGAGCCCUGGAACUCCCCUUUCAAGAAUCCUAGAUCUGCCACUGAUCGUGGACUAAAAUCAUAUGCUCGAGAAACUGAAGACAAGCUUUCUUUUGUUAUAAUACAGUGCUAUACAGUGUAGCAAUUAAAUUUCUAGCUAGAUAACAAGUCUUCAGGAAACAUCUUGCUCUGAUGGCUGUGAAGACUGGAUAUUGAUAUUGAGAAUCAUUCUAAGAGCCCAUAGUUUGGAAAAAAUGGCUGGAAGAUAAUGCACAUAAAAUGUGUAAAGGCAAUCUUUCUGCUAAGGAAGUGUAUGGAGAACUCCUUCAUAAGCGUGACAGACUAUUUAACGGCACUGCCACUCAUGGCCUUGCUAGAAGUUGUGGACCAUGCUCAUCUUUCACUCAGUUUGAAGAUAUGAAGAAAAUUGUUUCGGAAAUGCCUAAAGAACAGUUAAUUGACAAAGAUGAUGAUGGUGAUCUCCCAGUUCACAGUGCUCUUAAUAGUAUGGCAAAGCAAAAUAUGAUUGCCUUGUUUGUUCAGGGCGAUUCUGAAGAAAAGACCAUCCUAUCUACAAAAAAUCAUCAAGGAAAAACCCCGAUCGAAUUAGCAGUGGACAACUUGCACAAUAGCGCCAUUGAACUGCUUUAUAAUCUAUGUGUUAAACAUAACAUCUUGCCAGGUUUAACUGGAUUUGAACAAAGCGGAAGUGCAUCUACCAUUCUUCACACUGUUUUUUGUAGAGACGAUACAUUGUAUUGGUCGAACUUUUUGAGUGUUGUAAUUAACGCGUGCAAAAGGGCUGCAAGGGAUAUUCUUCCAACUAUAACAGUUUUGGAUGAACGUAACUGCACGCCUUUCUAUUAUCUGAUGAAUUGCAUGAACCCCAAUCAUCACUACAAGCUGGCUGGCUUUGAAAAAGUGCUUGUGCUAUUGAGAGACAAUGAAAUUGAUGUAAAUGCUGUAGUCAUCGAUUCUAAGAAGAGAACAAUGCUACAUGCAGCCAGGCGCAAACAUCACGAUAAAUGUUCCGAAAUGUUGUCUCGUUAUGGUCACAAAGAUGAUAUCGAAGAUAUAGACAAGAUAAAGCCAUUUCAGAGAGAUCAUCACAUUACUAAGUUCAAUUCCUUUUCUCUCUCCCCGACUGCAAGCUCUGAGACACUUGAAGUAGAGCAGCACGCUAAAAGUGGAAACCUGGAAGAUACUCAUGAAGCAAUGCUGAUACCUAUAGCAACUGUUGCUCAACAAAUUGAUCGUGGAUGUUUUUCUACUUCUCUACUGGAAUACCCUCCCUCCCCUUUGACAGCACUUGAAUCACAAUCACUUGUACAAGAUCUCAAGGAUGUGCACACUAAGGUCGGUGAGGAAGCUACAUUCUCCAUUGUGACGUCUUCAGGACAGUUCUCAUACAACUGGUGCUUAAAUGAUCAGAGUAUACCAGAUGAUAAUCCUGACUACAGAGGAGCAACGUCAAAUAAACUGGUUGUUUUGAAGCCCUUGUCUAAACACUGUGGAAGUUACAAGUGUAUUGUCACUAACAAACAUCAUUCGGGUGUGCACAUAUCUUCAACUUCGGCAAGACUUACAGUUGGUAAAUUAGAUGGAACCAAAAUUGAAGUCGAAGAGUCCAAACUUCUUCAUACAAUAUUGACAUCAAUGCAAAUUGAUAAACUGGGUAUUGAGCUUGAUAGUGGAACAAGUAAUGUGACAUAUGAAGAGCUCCAAAUAAUCUUUGGCCAAACUUUGCAAACAUCAUAUUUAUCAACUGACCUGCAACAAAGGUUGACAGCACGGAUAGAGGAUGAUAAAAUCUAUGAAGAAGCGAUAAAAAACGAUGACAUUAUCCUAUUGUUUUAUCUCAAAAUGCUGGCUAUUGGACCAGGGCAAAUAGGAAAGUCAACAUUUGUUCGUAGAUUGCUUGGGAUAAUGAAAUGGGAUAUCAGCGAAGAUCCUGACAAGCAACCGCCUGGAAGCACUGGCCUUUCAGAAUAUAAAGAGGCGUUCCUAGUCUAUAACCACGAAUCAGUAGCCCUGUCAACUGAACAAAGUUGGGAAAUAUUUGGUGAAUCAGACAUAGGUAAGGAAUUGAGUGCACUCGUGUCCCUUCUAGCCUCACAGACUAAAUCUAGAAAAGCAGGCGAAAUGGCUACUGCUGAAAAACCAGAAAAAACUCUGUCUACGUCUGAUCAUAGCAGUGAUUCUGUGCCUCCUAAUCAUACAUCUGAUACUGCAGAUAUAGCUGCUGUUUCUACGAAUGAAAGUUCUCAGAGCACUAAUUAUUCAGUCUUUGAGCAAUCACCUACUGCUAGCUCUUGUCCAGAACUUCAGAAUUUACCUCAAAGCGAGAUUGAUCAAGCUUACAAAGAAUUUGAGGAGCUACGUACUAAAUUGAGCAAUUCUCCCAAUGAUAAUGUAGAAUCACUACAUGCUAUAAUCAACAUAGUUGAUGUGGGUGGCCAGCCUGCUUUCUUGGAAUUGUUACCAUCCUUGACAAUUGGGCCCGCAAUGUAUCUUGUGUUCAUGAAACUUCUUUGGGAAUUGCAAACUCCACAGGAUACAAAAUGCAAAUUUCAAAACGAUAAAAAAGCUUCUAUCUGUGAGAAUUUCAAAUAUACACCAGAAGAAGUUAUUUUCACUGCUCUCUCAUGCAUUGAAUGCUUUGGUCAUUCAGAUGAGGAGGUAGAAAAAUAUAUAGAAGACCCAGCCAAUAAUAAGAAAAUUAACUCACUUGUAUUGAUUAUGGGAACCUAUGCAGAUGACCUCACAUCUGGUGAUAAAAACGGUGAAGAGAAAGCUGAAGAGAUUGUAAAAGAAACUAAUAAGCAACUUCAUGCUAAGCUAGAAACCACUUCUUUUUAUAAGAAUGAUCAAAUUGAGUAUCAUAAUAAUAAGAGUGAUGAUCUUGAAGUUCUGUUUCCAAUUAAUAAUAAAUCUGGGGGCAAGCCUGAAGUUGAUAAGUAUAGAAGAAUUAUUACAGACCUAAUUGAAAGCAGAUUCCGUAAAUAUAACAUCCCUGCACGGUGGUUGAUGUUUAGCAUUUGUUUGAAGAUUCUUGCUCAGAAAAAGAAGAGGAAAGUUAUAGAAUUUACAGACUGUGUUGAAAUCGGCAAACGUUUUAAAAUGAAUAAAGAGAAUGUUCAAGUUGCUCUUAGAUUCCUUCAUAAGUACAUUGGGUUAGUGAUGUACUUUCAGAAAGAUGAAAAGCUCAAGCUUUUAAAGGAUAUCGUCAUCUGUGAUCCUCAAGCUGUUUUCACUUCUAUUAGUGAGCUUAUUUUUAAUAUUUAUGAUCCACCAUAUAGAAACGUAGGAUCGUCUGUGAUCCUUCGCUUCAGACAAAGGGGCUUCUUUUGUCCGAAAGAUCACAACAUUGAGGCCAACGUUACUCAAGAAAACCAUUUACCUAUUGAAGAACUAUUACCCUUGUUAGAGUAUCUAAACAUAGUCGUUCCAAUCGUUAUGGAUUCUAUUGAUGGGUACUUUCUUCCAGCAGUACUUCAAGCAGCCACUAGUGAGGUAUUAAACGAGCCUCUCAAAGGAGCAGAUCCUGAUAAAGAUCCAGAGCCCCUUUGUGUCCGUUUUAAAACUGGUUUUGUGCCAUUGGGUUUUGUUUCUGCCCUAGUUGCUAACCUAUUAAAUGGUAACAAGGAUUCGCUUGAUUUACUUGGAAAAGAGCAAAGUAGCAUUGUAUAUAAAAACAAAAUCACAUUUCGAUUUCGAGGGCGUUACAAUAUUGUGUUGAUUUCCCGAGCCAAGUACUGUGAGUUUCGAGUAUCACGAGCCCCAGGUGCUGCUGUAGAUGAAGAGUUCUGCUGCCCGUUGAUCAAAGACAUGCUGCAGAAAUCAAUCAAAGAUGUCAUCGACAGAAUGAGACAGAGGUCUUUAUUCCAGCUGUCGCAGGGCUAUGAUUUUGCUUUUAAAUGCCCUCAAAGCGAUUGCAAGAAGAAAAUGGGUAAUGAAUCAUUGGCUGUAUUUAAUCUUGGAGACCACCUUGAAAGCUUGAAGUGUGAGAGCUGCAGAAUUGCUAUAAGUGCAACCCCUAAAAUGAGUACAUGGUUACCGAAGGACCUAGCUGGUGUGGAUCAUGGUGAUAUUGAUGAUAAUCAAAAGAAUCCAGGGAUUACCAGCCUCCAUAAGUUGAUGGUAAAGCAGGCAGUCACUGACGAGCAGUUGAAUCGAGAGAUUGGACAAGACGACUUUGCCCCAGUAGCUAUGCACUUUGAUAGUGUAGAGCUCUACCUUCACCCGCUAAAAUUAACUGACAAUGAACAAGCUGAUGUGAAGCGAGAGACUUAUUUAAGUGGAAGCAAUCAAGUUGCAGUAAUCAACUGUUUGUCAAUCUGGAGGGGUCACGAGCCAAGCAAAGCAACAUUCAGAGCACUGAUUAGGAUCUUAUUGGAUCUGGGGAAGGAAGACAUUGUUACCAAGAUCUGUCAGUACUUGAAAGAAAAGGACAAUGAUGCAUUCAGAGAAGAGCAUCUGGUGCCUUCUACCAUUAGCUUACUAGCUUCAGGUGAGUUAUCUACUGAAAGGAAUAAAGAGUCGACAAUUAGGAACCGCAAUGGUACCGAAUCCAUACCAUUACCAGUGCGGCAGACACCGGAAAUGAGUAACUCAGCCACACAGAAAAGUUUUCAGGAUGGAUUAUCUACUCGUCUACCAAGUAAAGUUGUGAGUCAGCCACAGGAAUCAAAUGCAUAUGGAAUACAUAGUUUUGACCUCCCUGGUGUUAAAGUGUUGGCCAGCACUUGUGUGAUCGUCACCAACUCACCCCAAACCUUCCACUGGGUUGGCUAUGGGUUCAAGCUCACCAUACCCCAGGGCUCCCUGCCAGCUGGUGUUGACCAGUGUCAGCUAGACAUCAUGGCCAGUGUAGCUGGAAAAUACAAGUUUCCUUACAAUCUACAGUUGGUCAGCGGUGUCUUCUGGGUGCGUUCUCAUCUCCCAGGUCAAUUCCAGCAGCUGUUGACAGUCGAGAUACAGCACUGUGCCAAGAUGAAUAGCACUGCCAAGCUCUCAUUUGUAAGAGCACGUUGCUCUCAGAAGAAUUUACCCUACACAUUCAAACAGCUUGAAGGAAGUGGCUCUUUCACAGACAAGACCUCAUAUGGUUUGCUGGAGCUGAAUAACUUCAGUGGACUGGCUGUGGCAGGAAAGGAUGUGGAGAGGGAGAGAGUGUACACUGCCAGCCUCUACUACUUUGGCUCAGAGCUGCACAGCAGGGAAAUUCAUUUUGUUGUCAGCUGGAAUGAUGAGAUUCAUAGAACACAUGUGAAGAAGGAGUACUCCUCUAAAAGAGCUGUUCUCGGAGUGAAUCAUUUUGUUGAGUUCGAAGAGGACAGGAUAACACUGGAUAUUCCUAUGGCUGGUAUCGAAGUCGAGGGAGGGUGGAAAAUAAUCCCAAUGUUUCCUCCUACGGUCAUCAAGAAACAUGUUGAUCAGUUUAGUGGACAGAGAAUUCCGUACUGCCACCUAAAUGCCGAAAUGAUAAACAAUUGCAAGAUUCGCAAUUUAUUUCAUCAAGUCAAGCUAGUGGGUGCAAAGAGUCCCUACAACAUUGUCACUAUUAAUAUAAACCACCGUGACAGUACUUUUCCAGUAGAGCAGCACGCUUCUCCCGUUUUCUCUUCUGUCGCCCCCUCUCCUCUAUCCACUGAGGAAACGUCUGGUGCAAAAUGCACCCAAUCAACAUCAACACAAGGAUCAUCAGAGGAGGAGCAUCCAAGCAUAAACUCAACAAAACAGUCGUCCUCCAAUCCGAUUGUUUUGACUACCCUAACUAUUUGUGAGAAACUGAAGACUGCUCGCAAAGAUUGGUUUGAUUUGGGAAUGGCUUUUGGACUGAAGUAUUCAGAUUUGAAAGAUAUUGAGGAUCAAUACAAAAACAAUAAUAAGCGCUGUCUAACCGAGAUGGUAGGCAGGCGUUUCGAAUGCACUGAUUCAGAUCAUCCGGUCACAUGGCCUUACAUAUGUGAAUGCCUGAGGAGUCCUACUGUUGAGCGCAACGAUAUAGCUGAGGAAAUCGAAGUAGAAUUCGGACCGUUUACAUAGCUAAUGCUUCAUCAAGACAGUAAAUAAUACUCAGCACACAACACUUGUUUAUUUUAUACACCAUAGUGUACAUUUGUAGCUACGUUAUUUUUAGCCUACAUCUUAAACAAUGAUUCGAUAUAAUAGCUAUAGCUACUGUAAACAUAGAUGAAGAAGAUGAGGUCAAGCUCAUUGCAAAAUCGAAAAGAGAAGUGAAAGAAGCUACAAAAUACAAGUUGCUAUAGAAACCACAGUCGCCUCUUUCCUUCAGUGCCAAUGCCCUGGUCACAAAAUGCUUCUGCAUCCUAUCGAAAGAUGUGUAUGGAUUCGGUUUCAGUGUGCAUAGUAGCAAUCCUGAGGAAAGGACAGACAGCUUGGAUUGGAAAGCUUGUCAAUCUUGGUGAGAAAAGUAAACUAGAGGUGUCUAAAUUGUGAUGGUUUCUCCUUCCACUGGAAUUCCACUGGAAUAAAGAGCCAGAUAACAUCAGAUCAAUUAAUGAACGCGGCCCAACUUCUCACCUUCCAGAGUGUGUGUGAGGAGGACUUUGUCACUACCAAUGGAAGGAUUAAGCUGGGAAAUUGAUCUGUAAACACAAACCUGUUUACAAAGAGCGGAGACAAGACAAAGCUGAUGUGGUGACCAUGAUAAAUAAUUUAUGGAUCCCUCUAGAUCUGUGAGGAGUGGUGAUGAUCAAAAGGUGACUUAACAGGAAUCUGGCCCACAAGCCGUCCACUAGCCAGAGGACGAUCGCGAGCUUGAAUGAAAUUGUUUCAGCCAUGCAUAGCCUGCACAAAAUUAAUGUCUAUAUAGCUUAAUUCAAUGUAACUUCCCAAAUUGCAUUCACAAACUCGUACGACAUACUUCACCCCUAUAAUUAUAGAUCUAGAUCUAGCGAUCAUGGUAAUUAUAAUAUUCUCAUAUUCUGGAAAAUUUUGAUUUGCUGCUUA